AUGGUCAAACUCGAAGAAGUCUCACUUAAUCACGUUGAGGAUGAGUACACCGAGUCGGACUCCUCUUCCGUCUACUCCUCGGACGAUGAAGGCGACGUCGACAACAUCGAAUCUAUUCUGGAUCGUGUCUGGGCGCUUCAGGACGUUAUCCCACCAAAGACCCGCAAGUCUAUUGCGGACAAGUGCUCGUCCGUCUUCGACUGGGGCAAGUACAGCGCAAAGUUCCUCGGCAAUUCUGCCUGGGUCCUGACCACGAGCGCACUUCUCCUUGUCCUCCCACUUAUGAUCGAGUUGGAGCACGAGCAGGGACUUAUCGAGUUUGAGAAAAUGCAGCAGCAGUCGAAUCAGAUGCUCUCCCAGCCCUCUGGACAGCAGAAGAAGCAAGCCGGAGGCAUCGUCCCACCAGGGUUCUAA